GGCAACGCCGUCAGCAAAGUAAAGAUUUUUCUGCACAAAACAAAGCAUUACAAAGAUAAUUGAAAGCUAAAAUAGAAUUAAGUAUGGAUUUAAACAUGAAACCCUCUCUGGCUGCCGACGAAAUGUUUUCCGAAGGCCCCGGCUACAUGGAAAUGGACGAGUCCGGCGGAGCCACAGGAAUGAUGAUGGACCACCUGCCGUCCAACGAUAAGCACGUCCACGCCGACUUUUACAAUGAUUUCGAUGAUCUCUUCGACGACGACAACUGGGCCAAGAUGAAAGGCGAUGGGAAACAGUAGGCGCCACCACACAAUGAAUGGAUUGAAAGAAAUUUGUAUGCCAUUCGUUCUUCUGUAUGUAAUUUUACUUGCGCAAUUAGCAGCGAUAUUCGGUGUAUAAAAAUGGCUGCAACUAUUGUUUAA